UUAUAAACCUUCAUUCCGACGUCACGGUCUCGCGAGACUGUGACUUCCGAUGUCUGGCUGAGCAAGCUGUCAGGAACCGAGGAAUUAGUUAUUUGAACGGAGUUGCGGGAAAUUUGAACAGCGAUUUGGAAGUGCGUUAUGAAGAGUGGCACUGUUGGGCGGAUUUGCUAAAGAGACCGUUUUAUUCUGCAAGCAUGGCAGCAAAGCAAAAUAAUCAAGAACACGUUCUUAAACUUGAAGAGGAAGUAGAACAUUUGACUGAAGAGUUGUCUCAGUGCCAGGCUGACAAGGAAUUUGUAUGGUCACUAUGGAAGCGUCUACAGGUGGCUAAUCCUGACAUAACACAAGCGAUUGGUUUAAUAGUGGACAGAGAGAAGAGUAAAGCAGAGUCCAAAGACAGGAAGGUGCUGGAAAUUUUGCAGGCAAAGGAUAGCAAAAUAGAGGAACUUGAUCAGAGAACAUCAGGGCAACAGCAAGAAAUAAACAACUUAGUUCAGAGAAAGAUCGCUGUAGAUGAAGAAAAUAUAUUACUGAAGAAGGAACUGAAUGACCUCCAAGAAAAAUUAAAAGAUAAAAGUCAAGAACUUAAGAGUAAUAAGGAGAAUAUGCAAGAAAAUGGAAAACAGACAGCAGUGAUUUUAAAAAAUCUUGAGCUGGAAAAGGAGGGGUUGAGGAAGAGAUGUGCUGACCUGCUCAAUGACCUGGAGAAAGCAAAGAAGCAAGAGGCACAGUGGAAAGAAGACAAAUCUGGCAUUGAUGGCAAAAUAAAGGAUAUGGAAAUUGACUUAAAUGAAACCAGAAUACAGAUGGAGGCUAUGCAUAGCAAAAUAAAUGGGCUGUCAUCACAAGUCGUUGUAAAGCAGACAGAGUUGGCACAGAAAGAAACUGAUUUGACCAGGUUGAGAAAAGAGUUGCAGGAACUGCAAAACCUAUACAAGCAAAGCAAUGAACAUGCAUCACAGCAAGCUGAGCUGAUCCAACAGCUUCAGGCUCUUAAUUUGGAUACUCAAAAGGUAUUAAGAAAUCAGGAAGAUGCUCACACUACUGAAACAAUCUCAUACCAGAAGCUUUACAAUGACUUGAAUGUCUGUUAUGAAAUGGCAAAGUCCAGUGAGGCUCAACUCCGGCAGAGUAAUAUUGCGCUCACAGAGCAGCUACAUCAAAAGGAACAGCAGAUUAGCCAGCUCCAAGUGAAACUGCAAGAAGCCCUCAGUGUUUUACCCAAGUCACCUCAAGAACCUCAGGACUGUGAACAUCCAUCCUUGGUAGAAUUGGAACUCAUAAUAGCUUCUCAGAAAUCAGAAAUCAAAUUUCUACAGGACAAGCUUAAAACAACAGACCUUCAGUUAACUCAAGUAAAUAAUUGUGGUGCCGAUGCACUUGAGAGCAGCAUCCUGAGGGCUGGGAGAAAGCAUGAGGCGCAACCUGCGAAACGUUCAAGGUCUCUGUCCCCAAAAGGAUUUUCCAAAGAGUCAGAAGAGUUAAAGAAGCUUAAGAUAGCAGAAAAGAGAAUUGAGCAUUUAGAGAAAGCACUCCAGAUUAAGGUACAGGAAAAUGCUGAAAUCCGAAAAGCUCAUGAAAGGCGAAGAGAGAGGCUACUGACAUUGCAAAGUACUUAUAGGGCAUUAAAACAACAAAUAGAGCAAUGUGAAGAGGACUAUACCAGCAGAAAAGAAAAUAAAAAACGAAGCCAGCGUGCAGAUCCAUGGCAACUUCGGCAUGAAGACUCUGAUGCAGUGUGGAAUGAGCUUGCUCACUUUAAGAGGCAACACAAAAAACUUCUUGUUGAAAAAAUGAACUUAGAAGAGGAACUAGAUCAAAUCAAGGUGCAGGCAUCUGCAGACAAAGUAACUAUACAAGAAUUAAACGGAUGUCUUCAGCAGGAGCGAGAAGAACUGCUUUAUAUACUUGCCAAAGAGGAAGACAUUAUCAGCAGUACCCCAAAGAAAAAUAAAGAUGAGGUUUUGUACCAGGCCUUGCGCAAGGCAAAUCGUUUGGAAACACAUCUAAGUGGAUUAGAAGCAGAAGUAAGAAAAUUAAAAGGAAUAAAUGAAGAAUUAAUUGGAGAGAAACAUUCUUUAAAACUAUUCAUAAUUAGUCUACAAAAAGACGCAGAAACUAGAGAGACAAAAAUGCAGAAACUGACGACUGAAAAUAUGGAAGCAUAUCAAGUGAGAGAGAAUUUAGAGGUGAAGAAUGCAGAACUAAUUAACGAGAUCACAGCACUGAGGAUGCUAUUGGAAGAUGGUAACAAACUGCAAAAUGAAAACCGGGAUCUCCUAAGGCAAAUAGAGAACCUACAACGUGCUCAGGAGCGAGUUAGAACAGUUCCUGUUCUAGCCGUUAGGGAGUUGAACAGUAGGCAAAGAACUAAAAAGCAUAUAGUCAACAAAGUUAAACAAAGAGCAGUCAAGAAGAUCUCUGUGAGACGUCACCAAGCUUUUCUUAAUCAGUCUAUCAAGGUUAUGAGCAGUGUAUUUGAGAACUUCAGCAGAGACGGAUGGGAAGAUGUUAGUGAAGACAGUGAUUCGGAGGGUCAAACUUUGGGAAGUGAGGAAGAUGCUAAAACAGCUACAUCUGAAAAUGUGUGUAUGAAUUACACAAACUCAGCUGAGGAAAACACUUGUUCUGAAUAUACUCAUUCAGGGUGUGAAGAUGCAAGUGAUGAAUUUACAUCUGGCAAGCAGAAUAAUCUGCAUGAGAGUGUAGCAAAGAAAAGAAACAUUAAAAAAUGUUGCACCAGGCUCCAUCCAACCGCUGUAAAUUCAGGGCACCGAGAGAAGAGAAACAAAAUCCUGGCAUACGGGCAUAUUUCCUCUGUGUCAUCGUUAAGACAAAGAGUUGCAACCUUACAGCACCAGGUGUCCGUGUUGCAGAAAGGAAAGCAAGUGGCUAGAGCUUCUGCAGACGAGCUAAAGAAAGAGAAGAUAAAGCUAGCAGCUGAACUGCAUCUGGCACACCAAAGACUUCAAAUCAGCAAGCAGAUGGCAAAGAAAUUGUCGGCAGAACUUACUGAAUUUCAUCGGGGAAAAGAGUAUUUGGAAAGAUCUGCAGAGCAGAUGAAAGAACAGCUGAAUCUAGCCAAAAGAUCAUCAGAAACGCAGAGCCUUCUGACCUCAGAUCAGUCUCCAGUCGCACAAUUAACGCAAUUGAAGAGUUCAGACCAUGAGAUGAAGCAGCUCCAGACUAAACUUAAGAAUAUGACUGUUGAAAUAACGAAGCAAACCACAACGAUUAAAUAUUUGAAAAAUGAAGUCCAGGAAAAAGAGGACCGUAUUCGGGAACUGCAGGAGAGGGUUGCACGAAUGGAAAGGGAUGUCAACAUGAAAAGGCAUUUGAUAGAGGAUCAGAAAACGCGCCUGAAAACCUACCAGGAAAACGAGAGACCUAGCAAAGAUAUGUUAGAAAGUCUUGAAAGGAAGGUGAAGGCAUUGACAGAAGAAUGUUCUCACAAGAAGACAUCAAUUGAUUCAUUAAAGCAGAGGCUUAGUGUAGCUACAAAAGAAAAGGCACAGUAUGAGCAGAUGUACCACAAAGUAAGAGAAGACCUGGAAAAAAAGAAUGUUAAGGUCAGCAACCUUGAGACUAAAGUGACAGAAUCGGAGCGUGCCAUAUCUAAACUGGAAAACACAGCCACUCAGCAACUUCACAAUUUAGCGGCACAAAGUGAACAAGCUUUGGAAGUAGUUCAGAAUAAACUGCUGCUGGUUAACAGAAGGGCCGAGGAGCUUGCCACAUUUGUAAAGAGCCUAGCUAAAGAGCUGCAGUUAAAUACAGAAGAAAUCAGAAAGGAAAUCCGACAAGCAAACUUACUUCAAGAAGCAAACAACGGUCCAUCCAAAAAAUCUGUUCACAAAGCACAAUCUCUGGCAGCCUCUAUCCUCAAUAUAUCAUGCACUGACCUGCAUGAGAUAUUAGAUGUUCAGGAUGAAGAGAAAGAAGCAAACAUGAAGCGGUUGGUGGAAUAUGAUAAAGAAUGGAUGAACCACAUAAUGAAGCUUCUUGAAGGACAGUUCCCUUUUGCCUCCAGCCUCCUGAAAGCCGUGAAGGAAAAACUCAACGAGAAGACUAGACUUAUUGAAGAAUGCACACUGCUGAAGAGAAAUACCUCCUGAAUCUACUCUAACUCUGGCAGGCAUAUUGCACUAAUGUUCAGCAAAUUUUUGGGACAAAAGCCAUUUGUACUAAGAUUUAUUUGUUUAAAUUGGGUUUAUUUUGUGCUCUAUUCUAGUGUUUUUGUGAAUUGGUUUUAAUCACAGUAUUGGGGUGAAGGAUUCCCCAGGCCACCUGACACGUAUCUGCUAUUAGAAGAUGGGAAACUAGAAAUCUACCAUGAAAAAUAGAUGCCAUGACCAUGUUUCCUACUAUACUGAUUCCUAAAUGAGUCACGGCACCUUGUCUCUCCAUUAAUUAUGUACAUAUGUAAGGACUUGCUAAUGUUUAUUAUGAGAACAAUAUAGAGAAGAGCAAAGUUUUUUUGUUUUUGGGAUUUUCAUUACAUUUAAUUUUCAACUGUUUAUUUAAAGGUUUUUUUGUUUUGUUUUUUAAACUAGAGUUUAUUUAUUAAAUGUGCAAUAAAAAAUUAUUCCAUUUUUUUUAGAAAUGCUGUAAGUCAAAAACUGCUCUUGUUUUUUCCUCUUGGUUUAUCAGAUGAUUCCCUGAUUGAUGCAGGCAAUGAAGAGGGAGAAUGUUUCUAUAUGUAACAUGUAAGAAUGCCCAAUGUUUCUCAGAUCAAGAUUUUGUUUGCACUGUUACACAACCACUCUUUUAUACAUGUCAUUAUUAAACAUUUUAUAACAGCCAA